CGCUGUGUGCCCGGGCAGAUGAGCUGGCGCUUGGCCAGUGCGAGAAGGAUUCUCUGCUGAAGGAAUACCCAUUCCUUGUGUUCCACGAUGUCCCUGGCUGGAUUAAUGAGCCGCUUCAAGACGAGGAGUUCCGGAAGCUGCGCGACCGCUACGACGAACUGCGCCGAGACCCACAGAAGAACGCGAAGGAGCUCCGUGAGCUGGAGGAUGCAAUGAAUGCCCGAUGCGAAGCCCUUGCACAGGCACUGCGGACUGCUGAGGGAAGCGAUGUCGCGGAGCAAGAGAAAAUGCGGGUUCUGCACCCGACGGAUGCGGGCGCCUCCGCAGCUGUGGGGCGUGGUGCUGUGCAUGAGGAGACCACCCAAAAGCCUGAAGAUGCUCCUGGCCGUGCCGUGGAAGGCUCAGACGCGGCAGAGGAGCUGGACGGGAAGAGGCUCCGCCGGUCCCUGGCAGCGUUGUCUGCGGAGGACGGCGACGACGACAAAUCGGGAUGUGCAGUUCCAGCGGCGUUGUACUCCGUCCUUCCGGAAACGGUUGAUGGUGUUGCGCAGGGGGAGUUGUAUCUGGAGGACGACCCUUACUUCCAGGAGCUACUUGCACGGUACAAUGAGCUGGUGCCGCACGGCGGGGAGCCCACUGUGCCUCUUGCGAAGCAACUUCAUGCGCAGCUGUGUGUGCGUGCGUCACAGAUUGCUGCGGACGUGAGGAAGACUCGUGCUGCGGACGAGCAGGCUGCAGCGCGAGUGGCGUCGCUGUAUCCCUACGUGGACCCGAUGGCCUUGCGUGGCCCUCUUUUGACGGCCUGUGUGGAGGCGGACGACAAUUUUCGCAAUCUGCUGCAUGAGCGCGAUGAGGAGCUCGCGAAGGAAGGCGCUGUGGGGGACGCGAAGAUUGUUCGUGAGAAAGAGGCGGCGCUCAACGAGCGUGCACAGGAAGUAGCGCUGGCGCUGCGCGUAGAAGAGAAGGCGCUCAUGGCCACCCUGCCAUUCCUUGGGCGCUCUGUGAAAGGGAUCCCGCUACGCGAGUUGGGCCUCCUGACGGAUCCGAA